CCCGUGACUACCUUACACGGAACCCCUCCCAUUUUUGGCACCAGCAACACAAUAUAUAUCCGAACAUUUGUAAGUGAUGGGGCUUAUCUGUUAUUUUUUUACUUUAUUUGCACGUAUUUUUCUCGAGACCCCUGCCCUCGGUGCUCGUGUGAGCAGCCUGAGGCUUUGCAGGUUAACAAUCCAGAAUAAAACAACAAACAAAACUCUGAACAAAGGGUAACUCAGAAAACAACGUGUAUUCCGCAUCCCUAUCAGAUAGUGCCAUCAGUAGACUCGGACCUUCUGGGUGAUCCUAAUAACUCAAAAACGCCGGACCUACUGCGAGCCAUGGGGCGCCAUCGAAGAUAUUCCUUUUCGAGCAGGAUGCACACUCAGCCUUUUAGAUCACCACUGACCACCCCUUCUUCACCAACGCGUGGCACGCGGGGUUACGAGCUGGUAGAGGUGGACUCUCAUGGCAACACAAUUUCUCAACCUGAUCGUCAGGUUCGGACCCUUCGCGAACGAACCGCCGCUGCAUUGCAGGAUGCAAUGGAGGAUGAAAUGUUCGACUAUACAAAAGAUCGUUGUCCCAAAGAUUCGCAGUCUUCGUUGCAUAAGUGCUGGGUCUUUGGCACGGGACCGACUCUUCUGAAAGAUUUAUCACCACUGCGUCCUCCACUCCCGAGCCUUGCUCGGGAGACGGUCCUUCCGAGUCCCUCAUUUACACCCUACAAGUUCAGUCUGCUUCCACCGCCCUCUGACCCUGCUUCCAACUUGGACUACAAGUCCAAGACGCCUGUACGGCCCACAUCACUCCGUAAAGCAUAUCCCACAGUAUCAUCAUUAGAUGUUCUCCGGGAGAUCCAAAGGAAGGGGUUCAGUACAUCGGCGUCCAGCAAUCAGAGGCCAAGUGGUUCCUCUGGUUGGUGGUUUCGACAUCUAGAAGAUGUAGAGCCAUCAUUGAAGGAGCAAGAUCAAGGAGAUAGCCAAGAAAGGUCUGAAGCCAAAAUCCGGAAGCGAUAUCGUGCUCCGAAGGAGCCUUUAGUGCUGGUGCACGGCCUUUUAGGAUUCGACUUAAUAAAUGUGGCGACAGUAGCGAUAUCUUAUUGGCGCGGAAUCAAGGAAGCUUUGGAAGCUGCGGGGUGCGAAGUCCUGAUUACUCGGGUGCCGGCAACAAGCAGCAUUCAAGAAAGGGCGAGAGUCCUUGAGAGGACCGUAUCCGAGAAUUUCCCUGGAAGAAGGGUGCAUUUGAUAGGCCACUCGAUGGGGGGAUUGGAUUGUCGAUAUCUAGUGACACACCUUCGCAGUGACAGAUUCACUCCUAUAUCAGUAACCACCAUUGCAACACCACACAGAGGAUCCUCGUUUGCAGACUACUUCCUUCAUGUUCUUGGGAGAGAGCGGAUGCCAUCACUUCUCGCGCUUUUAGAUAAAUUACCCAUUGGAGGGGGAGACGGUACCGCUUUUGAGACCUUGACUUUGGGAGCCAUGAUGGACUUUAACGAUUCAACGCCGGAUGCUGACGAUGUCAAAUACUUCUCUUAUGGCGCCGCAUUUACCCCAAGAUUGUUGGAUGCCUUCAAGUUCCCUCAUUCUGUCAUUCUAGAGAAGGAAGGGCCAAAUGAUGGUCUUGUCUCUGUGACCUCCUCUCAGUGGGGAAAGUAUAUGGGGACAUUGGAAGACGUCAACCAUAUUGACCUAAUCGGUUGGAUCAGCGCCGCACGAUAUGCUUGGGCGGGCUUGACCGGGAAAUCUAUCAAGUUCAAGCCUUCCACGUUCUAUCUUAGCAUUGCAGACAUGCUCGCAGACGAAGUGGAGGGCAAAAAAGCCCCAGGUGCUGGUUCAAAUAUGAUAGACUCUUGAAGCACAGAGACUCACGCAGUAAUUCCCAGCGUGUUAGUGUAAUGAUGAUAAGUAU